CGGACUGUGACGAGCAGCCCGGCUCCACUCGGCGCACCGCAGGCGGCGCAGCAGCGUCUCAUGCGUUCAGCCGCUCCGGGACCCACAGCCGCUAUCCGUCCGCAGUGGAGCCGUCAGGGAGGAGGAGGAGGAUGCUGGAGAACGGUAGGAAGGUGCUGAAGGAGGGUCUGCUGGAGAAGCGGAGCGACGGGCUGCUGCAGCUGUGGAAGAAGAAGCGCUGCGUCCUGACGGAGGACGGCGUGCUGCUGCUGCAGCCCAAGCAGCACGACCACCCGCAGCCACACUCGCAGCCCCACGGGGACACGGCCAGAGUCAAGGAGCUGCACUUCGCCAACAUGAAGACCGUGGACUGCGUGGAGCGGAAGGGCAAGUACGUCUACUUCACCGUGGUGAUGACGGAGGGCAAAGAGAUCGACUUCAGGUGUCCGCAGGACGAGGGCUGGAACGCCGAGAUCACCCUGCAGAUGGUCCAGUACAAGAACCGGCAGGCCAUCCUGGCCGUCAAGUCCACGCGCCAGAAGCAGCAACUGCUCGUCGUGCAGAUACCGGGACAGAAGACUGCGCGCAGCGCGCCCAGCGUGGCGUGACCCUCGGCGGGACGUCCGCGCGCUAUUUGCGGUUAACUGACCGUUCAGUUGGAGAAUGACGAUGGAACUGGGCUGCGUCUCCACCACCGCUUCACCGCCGAGCUCCAUUCUCCAGGAGAACCCCUCCUCCAUGUUGUGGUUUCCACAGACCAGUGCCACCCUCCUUUUUCAAUACAGACUACUUUCACAGACAGACUGAUGGACAAAAAGCAUGCGAGAAAACGACUAUUCUGCCGUGCGAUGGGUUUGUCCCUUAUUUAUUAGACAUGUAUAUAUUUUCUAUAAAAAUGUUGUUGAUGAAUGUUCAGCGUGGUUGUUGCCAGUUUGGAAUAAGAAAUACUUGCUUGUAGGUACGUAGUGUAGAGAUUACAUGUAGACUCCAUAAUUAGGAUGGCUGCUCUAGUUUAGACAUAUCAGUUCAUUAUUGGUAUAUAGUACAUUUCCAUGUUUUCAUUGUUUGAUUGAACCAAAGACCCAUCUUUUGUCGUUGCAGCUUGGAAUAUCUUUUAGACGUAUGAUGAGAUGCUUUGCUUGACCUUUUACUUGCUUUAUUUUACUGCUUGCUUUAUUGUAACAGUCCAUCUUAGUAUUUUCAUGGUGUACAUCAACUGUUAUUGUAUGGCGUGUGUCACCUGCUAUCUUUGGAUGUCUUAAAUCUGAGCAGGAUUAUAUAUCUGUCAGGGGUUAUUUUAAAAUGCAUAUUAGCAUUUUUAAGUGGAACCAUUGCAAAGUCUCUUCCACUUAUUGCAUAAAUUGGGCAGAGCCACAAAAGGGUUUAGGGGUUUUAGGGGCUAAAAUUUAGAAGUGAACAUGGAAAAUCUUUCCUGGAAUUAUUGGAUUCACAGAUGUGACACGUACAGCUAUUUAUACUGGACAUUGUUACCGUACUAUGGUGCGUUUGACUAGUGGUAGGCUGUAUUAACAAAAACAUACAUUAUGUUAUCGUGCUAACUGCAGUUAACAUUAACAAUUACCAUCAACUUUAGUCGUGGUUAAUGCUAAAAGUUUAGCGACUCUGACUGUUAGAGAUGUGGAACCAUUGGGGAAAACGUUAGCAUUAACCAGUCAACAUGCCAGCAUGUGCAAAUACAAGCUGCUAACGUGUAACUCCAUAUGCUAACGGUAACCGCAAUUAGUAUAUUCUUUAGUACAGCCAUAAAGUAGCUGUACGCAUCAUGUCUACUUAAAGUACAGAUGAGAUGUUUUUAUAGUCGAAAUUAUACAAAAGUCACAUAAAUUGUGCUGUAUUGAAAACCAUUUUUUUAUGCGAUUGAACUAGCUUAAAAUAGUCUUGCUCUAAAAAUAAAUAACUGGAGACAUACUAUUUUAAAAAGUGGCCAAAUUGUAACAUCUGAAUAGUACCAACAAUAAAUGAUUAGUUCAGAUGGAGCAAGCUUGCAAAAUGUAUGCUGGCUAAUUAGUUAAGCUAGUUUUUGUUGAUCCUGCUAGCUUCUUUACAACUGAAAUCUCUCUAAAAUGGCUCUGCAUCUUGAGGCCUGCUCAUUAAAUUCCAUUCUGUGGUCAGAAAAUAUUAAAGUGCAGUUAGUUUAUUACAGAACUGUUAGUAUGUUUCGCUGCUAACGCAUAUCUGUAUUAUUUUUGUGAUCGCUAUGUGUGUUUUGCCAAUGUGCAAGCUAGCAAUAAGGCAGGAUGAACCUCUUUACAAACUAAAUGUGAUUCUGAUACUUCUCCAGGUGGUUUAUACAGAGAGUAACAUGAGUCUCACAAGCCCUUUUUAGACACGCAAUUAAAAAAUAUCAGGCAUCAUAUUACCGUUAGAAUUACAUAUCAUUUAUGACAAUGUUUCCCAUUAUAUCGGAUUACAAACAGUUUUGCUAACAGUUUUUUCACUUCAGUGGAAAUGUAGCAUGUUAGCAACCGCUAGCAGCAUAUCAUGAGUCAUUGAUAGUACAACUUGCUAAAUAUUUUUAGUCAUUAGCAAAAGUCAUUUUUUAAGCUAAAUGUUGAAUAUUUUGUGUAAAACAUUCCCCCUGAACACCUCGUAGCUGGGAGUUGCGCCUUGUUUUAUAUUAUGUGUUUUGUCAAUAAGCACAAUCCAGUUUGGUGCAAAAUCAUUGGAAGACUUCUGGUUUCUGCUUCUCUUUAUGCUGAUUCACAUUUUCAAUGCUAAUAUUAAGCAAUCUUUUAUGAAAAUUGCUAUCAUAAGAUCAACAAAGGUUGGAACUGUCAGCAAGUACAAAGUAUUUUAUGGUACUCAAGGAAGUAACAAAUAACUGUAACUAAAGAGAAUGGUACCAAAGCUAAACCCUUCCAAUGAUUUGAUGCCGAUGUGAACUUUGGUGAAAAGGUUUCCGAAAGAAGCACUGAGCUAACUGCUCAGCCAACAAUCCUGUAUUUUUUUUUUUAAUUCAUAGGACUUAUGUUAUGAUGUGUUGUAGCUUAGCACAUUAGCGCUAGCCAUGAUAGUGCUUGCUUGCAGUCAGACAAAUGUCGUAAGCUUGCGUUUUCUGACUGCGUAAAAACAGUUUCUCAGCUUUGUCAUCCUCAACUUGAACUGAAAACAACUCUUUUUAAGACUUAUUGUUUUGAUCUUAGAAAAAUAUGACCUCGAAUCUGAAGCAGCGUCACUUCGUCAUCUUGCAUAGUGUACAGAAACCAUUGGUGCCUUCAUUGGUGAUGUGUUCAUGUGGACAUUAUCUGUGUGGUCAACAUAAGGAAGAGAUUACUUGCGCAACUUUUAUACAAAAAUGACUCUUUUAAAAGAUGAUAGCAUAGGUUGCGUGUCUAAAAGAGGCUCGAGAAACCACGUCACUGUUUUUCUAACCCUGAGGAAUGCCUCGUUGCGAGGAAACAUUUUAUUUGCCAGUGGCUCAUGUUGAUUCCUGUGUACUGGGGUCGAUUCCCACCACUUUCUCCACUUGCUCGUAUAUCACCGCCGAGCCAACACAUGCCUCCAUGUAGUCGUCAUGUCCCACACAGGGCAACAGCCGCGCCCUUCCUCUAAUAUGAUGCUUCUCUGACAUGUUACACGCAGUUAUUGCUGUGCCCUUUGAAGGCGCUUCCAAUUUCUUAUUUCAUUGUGAGAGCUAUUUUCAUACCUCAAAGAUACAUUCCAUUAAAAAAAAAACUCAAAACAAAUAG